GUUAUUGCUUCCUACUGUGCGAGCCUCCGCUUCCAGGGCGUCUGUUGCGCUUAAGCAGCGGCUUUACUUUUUUGAUUGAGCCCUGCUUCCUCCGUGCACCCUAGAGGGCGCCGCACUUCUAUGAACUCGCUCAGACAGCCAAGGAACUGCCAAGAUCCUGCUACCCAGAGGGUGAAUGGGUAUCCUUCCCGGAAUAAUCCUAAUCUUUCUAAAAGUGAAGUUUGCAACGGCGGCAGUCAUAAAAAUGGAGGCAGAGAAAGACUGAAUAACUUUCCCAGAGCCACAACUAGAGAGCUUCCUUAUGAAUUGUUGGAAGGAGACAUCAUCUGUGUCUUCUCACAACAUAGAGAUAUUGUCAACAUGAAUCUUGUGAGAGACAAGAAGCCUGGGAAAUCCAAAGGAUUCUGUUUAGUGUGCCAUGAAGAUCAGAGGAGCACAGUUCCGGCUAUUGACAAUUUCAAUCGAAGAUCAAAGGAAGAACUAUACAUGUGGACCAUGUGUCAAACGACUGGACUCUGCAGGAAUCAGAAGAUGUGGAUGAUGUGACUAGAGAGCUCCAGGAGAAGGACUGUGGGGCUAAUGUAUAUCCAUGAGGUUCUCCUGAGGUCUCUGAAGGUGAAGAUGUCAAACCCACAAAAAAGCACAAAAAAAAAGUUGUGUUGUUUUUAAACAAAAUCCCAACCAUUCUAUUUUACCAAUAAAGACUUGGGGGCCAGAUGCUGGGAUGAAAGCCUCCUAACUCAGAGUGCCAAAAAAAAGCACUGAACUGACCUUCUUCCUUAGCUAACCUCCCAAAAGAGGAAAGCUCCUUUCCCAACUGUCUCAAAACCAUCUCAAACCUGCCCCCGGCCCCACAAAGUGAAUGUUCCUCCCUUCUACCUCCUGUGUGUCUCCCUAUCCAUCCAACUGACUUCCCCUCAAUCUCUGUGUUUUUCCUAUGUUCAUUUCCUGUUAACUGGUUGCUUUUUCCACCUUUUAACCUAGGGUUAAUUUUCUUUAAACCUGUUUAUAAUA